UGCAACCCCAGCACUCUGUUUUUCAGUCUGCUUGCUUCCAGCACAAUACGUUUCUUUCAGAUUUCCUCUUUAACAAUGGGUUUGGUUGCAGAGAUUCUCCUGCAACCUACAAUCACAGGCAUGGUGCUUUGUCUUGUGACGAUGAUUCUUUUGAUUGUUUAUCUCUUUCCAUCUGAUACCAGCUAUCAGGAGGAAAACAAGGAGCCUCCGGGUCCUAAACCACUGCCGAUCCUGGGAAACAUACUGCAGAUGAACCUCAAAAGACCUUACCUGACACUGUGUGAAAUGUCCAAAAAAUAUGGAUCAAUAUUUACUGUGUAUUUUGGCCCUAAGAAGGUUGUUGUCUUGGCAGGCUAUGACACUGUUAAGCAAGCUCUUGUAAAUUAUGCAGAUGAAUUUGGAAACAGAGAUAUCACUCCUAUUUUCUUAAAAUUUAGCAAUGGAUACGGAGUUUUGUUUAGCAAUGGUGACAACUGGAAAGAAAUGAGAAGAUUUUCCCUUACCACCCUGAGAGACUUUGGGAUGGGCAAAAAAGGAAGUGAGGAGAAAAUUAUAGAAGAAACACAGUAUUUGAUGGAAGUUUUUGCAGAGUUUCAAGGGAAACCAUUUGAUACCUCACAGCCAUUAAAUUAUGCCACUUCAAAUGUCAUCUCAGCAAUUGUGUAUGGAAGCAGGUUUCAGUACAGUGACCCUCAGUUCAAAGAAAUGGUUAACCGGACCAACGAGAACAUCAAGAUUAGUGGCUCACCCUCUAUACAGAUCUAUAAUAUGUUUCCCUGGCUUGGUUGCUGGCUAAAGGAGUGGAAGCACAUCACAGAAAACCGUCAAAAAAAUCUAAAGCUAAUAAAGGCACUUUUGGACAAUUUAGAGAGGACGCAAAAUGUUGGGGAAACCAGAGGCUUGGUUGACUCUUUUCUUAUCCGCAAAAAGAACGCAGAAAAAGCUGGAGAUAAAGACACUUUAUUUCAUGACCAGAAUCUCAUAAUAACUGUUUCCAACCUUUUUGCUGCUGGAACUGACACAACUAGCACAACGCUACGUUGGUGCCUUCUGCUAAUGGCCAAGUAUCCACAGAUUCAGGACCAUGUCCAGGAAGAGAUUGACAGUGUCAUUGGAGGUCGUCAGCCAGUAGUGGAGGACAGAAAAAAAUUGCCCUACACAGAUGCAGUGAUUCAUGAAACUCAGAGAUUAGCAAACAUAGUACCAAUGAGUCUCCCGCACACCACUAGUUGUGAUGUUAAAUUCCAGGGCUUCACCAUCAAGAAGGGAACCUGUGUGUUUCCUCUCCUGACAUCUGUGUUGAAGGAUGAGAGCCAAUGGGAGAGCCCACACACCUUCAAUCCAGCACAUUUCCUUGAUGAGCAAGGCCGAUUUGUUAAAAAAGAUGCCUUCAUGCCUUUUUCUGCAGGGCGCAGAGUGUGUCUAGGAGAGAGUCUGGCCAGGAUGGAGCUCUUCCUCUUCUUCACCUCCCUAAUGCAGCACUUCCGCUUUACUCCUCCACCAGGGGUGUCUGAGGAUCAGCUGGACCUCACUCCAGCUGUGGGCCUCACAUUGAGCCCCUCUCCCCACAAGCUGUGUGCAAUUAGACGUGAACCACAUUGAAGCAUAUUUUAAAAAAACCCACAAACGCCCUUAAUUAAAUACAAAAUGAUUUUUGAAAAUGUAGUGAAAUGUAGUGGUUUGGUUGUACAUGGUGGGCACGCAUGAAUGCGUUUGUUUAAUGAAUAAAAGGCUGCUUAGCAUGACAGGGUCUCCUGUCGGUUUCUCAGAUAGAUAAUACAGCACUAUAACAUGUCAGAAGUUUUCGCAGAGAUGUCUGUCGCCCACACCAUAUUAUUUUUAGAGACUUUGUGAGCAAAGUAGUUAAGUUAUUUUUUUUCUCGACAGCAAUGCCAAGCCAAGAGAUAUAUUUAAUGGAAAUAGGCUUCCGCCACAUAAGAAAAUUAAAUUUAUAUAAAGACUUU